GCAACUCUGAGUUGUUCCUGACACGGAAAAAGGGCUUCGACGCAAAAGAGUUCGAUUGUGUCAUUGUGCCAUUGUGCCAUCGAGCCAUCAAAACCACCAUAGUCACUAUACUCAUCCGAACGAUCAUCAAACAUCCCUGACAGCCAAGACCCAAGUGUAACCCUCGUGCAGCACACUACUCGUCAUGGCAACAUUGGCGCGGUCAUUCUCCUCCGAUAGUGCGGAUAUCGCCAUCCUAGUGCCCAAUAAAACCCAUCCUCUAGCGAUCACCUAUCAGCAGUUGCACAAUCAGAUCGCAGCGUUCCAGGCCAAGUUAGCCAAGCUUGGGGUCGGCCAUGGCGCCGCCGUGUCCCUGGCGCUGACCAACUCGUACGAGUUCAUCGUGGCAUUCCUGGCCGCCUCGUGGCAGCGGGCGAUCGCCGCUCCCCUCAACCCGGCCUAUAAGCAGGAGGAGUUCGAAUUCUACAUCGACGAUCUCAGCUCCACCCUCGUCUUGAUCCCCCAGGGAUCCUACGCGAAGGCAGGUCCCGCCGUUCGCGCGGGGAGGAAGUACAAUGCCGCGAUCGCCGAGUGCUACUGGAACGGCACAGAGAUCGUGCUCGAUGUGAAGGAGCAAGGCAAGCUUUCGGGCAAUGGAGGCGUCAAUGUCCAACAAGCUCAACCCGAUGAUGUCGCUCUCGUCUUGCACACGAGCGGAACCACUGGCAGGCCCAAGGCUGUCCCGCUCACGCACAAGAACUUGACCACCACAAUGCGCAACAUCAAAGCGACAUACAACCUCACUCCAGCAGACCGCACGUACCUGGUGAUGCCCCUCUUCCACGUCCACGGCCUCCUAGCCGCAUUCCUGGCGCCACUGUACUCCGGAGGCUCGGUGAUCGUUCCCGCGCGAUUCUCAGCCUCGGAGUUCUGGUCCGAUUUCAUCACCUACAAGGCGAACUGGUACACGGCGGUGCCCACGAUCCACCAGAUCCUCCUCAAGAGCCCCCUGCCCAACCCCGUGCCAGCGAUCCGUUUUAUCCGGUCGUGCUCCAGCCCUCUCUCUCCGAAGACCUUCCAGGACCUGGAGAAGGCUUUGAACGCCCCAGUCCUCGAAGCCUACGCCAUGACGGAGGCCGCGCACCAGAUGACCAGCAACCCGCUCCCGCCCGCGAAGCGCCAGCCCGGGAGCGUGGGUCUCGGCCAGGGGGUGGAGGUGCGGAUCCUCGACGCGGAAGGCCGGGAAGUGGCCCAGGGCCAGGAGGCGGAGAUCUGCGUGCGGGGCGAGAACGUCACCACAGGGUACCUGAACAACCCGGCAGCCAACAAGUCCUCUUUUACUCAGGACGGGUUCUUCCGCACCGGCGACCAGGGCAAGAAGGAUGCGGACGGGUACGUGAUCAUCACGGGCCGCAUCAAGGAGCUGAUCAACAAGGGCGGCGAGAAGAUCAGCCCCAUCGAGCUGGACAAUACCCUCCUCCACCACCCCGCGGUGGCGGAGGCGGUGUGCUUCGCCAUCCCCGAUGAGGGCCACUACGGCGAGGAGAUCGGGGCCGCGGUGGUCGUGAAGACCGGCGCGAGUGCCACGGAGGCCGAACUCAAGGCCUGGGUUGAGUCGAAGUUGGCCAAGUUUAAGACGCCCAAGAAGGUUUGGCUGGUCCCGCAGAUUCCCAAGACGGCUACGGGUAAGAUUCAGCGGCGCAAGGUGGCAGAGGCGAUGCUCAAGGUCAAGGCCAAGCUGUAGUCUCGUAAGCCUGGGGGAAUGUUUAGAAUAUAGUUCUGCUCACGCAACAUUUGAAAAGAGUCAGGCGGAUGUUUGCACUAUAGAUAGAUAUCUUUCUGUUGUCAUCAACGCUGUCCUAAAGCCACUAUGGUUAGUUAUUCUAUAACCUGUACGCAUCUCAAAUCUCAUCACGCUUC